AUGGAACAACAACAUGCAAUAAAUACUGUGCCUCCGGCAAACGGCACGCCGGCUGUACCGUCAAAAGAACAAGCUCUCAAAUCGCUUGCUGAAGGUGGUAGUGGCGAUGGCUCUAUUUUCCAGCAGCUUACAAGCAACCCGUUUUUUACUGCUGGUUUUGGACUUGCAGGUCUCGGCGCUGCUUUGCGAAUUGGACAGCAAGGAUUGAGAAGGGGAGGAGAGUUGCUCAAAAGACGUAUGCUGGUUGAUCUUGAGAUUACCAGACAUGAUGAAUCUUAUCCAUGGGUUCUUAAUUGGAUGACACGACAAUAUCAAAAAUCACUUUCAGAAUCUACUGAAAAUGUAAAACCUGGAAUGAUGGAAGCUCUUAUACGACGCUUCACCCCAGGCCUCCAUCACCUUCAGAUCAAGACAGCGUCCCAGAAGACUCCAGGAGGCGCAUCACAUACACACUUUUCUCUGGUUCCUGGACAUGGAAAACAUAUCCUCAGAUUCAAGAAUGCUUUCAUUGCUGUGGACAGACAGCGUGAAGGGAAAUCUUUCGACGCUCAAGGGCAGCCGUUCGAGACUAUCAAACUUACCACUCUAUACGCUCACCGACACAUCUUCGAAGACAUGUUCUCAGAAGCACACCAGUUGUCUAUGCAGAGUAUCGAAGGCAAGACUAUGGUCUAUACCUUGAGGAACAUGCAAUGGAUGCCACUAGGAGAUGCCAAGCGGAAACGACCUUUUGAUUCGGUUGUGCUGGAAGAAGGAAUGGCAGAAAUGAUCCGAGACGAUGUGUCAGAAUUUCUCAACGCGAGAACUUGGUAUCUUGACCGCGGCAUUCCGUAUCGCAGAGGCUAUCUCCUGCAUGGCCCACCCGGGACUGGAAAGACUUCGUUUGUACAAGCAUUAGCCGGCGAACUCGACUUCAAUAUCGCCAUGCUCAGCUUGAGUCAACGUGGUCUUACUGAUGACUUGCUCAACCACCUGAUGCUCAACUUGCCGCCGCGCACUUUUGUCCUUCUCGAAGAUGCAGAUGCCGCAUUCAACAACCGAAGACAACGUGACGAAGACGGCUUCAGCGGUGCUACAGUCACCUUCUCUGGUCUACUGAACGCUCUUGACGGCGUCGCCAGCGCAGAAGAACGCAUCGCCUUCAUGACUACAAACCACAUCGAGCGACUCGACGAAGCACUUAUCCGACCGGGCAGAGUAGACAUGACAUUGCGUCUUGGCGAAGCGACACUUUGGCAGAUGGAACAGAUGUGGGACAGAUUCUAUGCACCGUUGGACACUGACGGCAGCAAGAGAGCAUUGUUCCUUGAGCGCGUUCAGCAAUAUGGUCUGGUCAACUCUGUCAGCACGGCCGCUCUACAAGGAUUGUUCUUGUACAAUAAGGAUGACCCUGAUGGUGCUGUGAACAUGGUUGGACAGCUACUCAUGGCAAAGACACCAACCAUGGAGGUGCCCAAAAAGAGUUAG